AUGUGGAAUGGAUCCAUGUUCGAUUCAGCAGAUCAUACUCUAGAAAUAAAAGAAAAUCAACAACAUAAGUUUUUUUUUUCAUUCAAAGUGAAUUCAUUUUCUCGUCAUUUAUUAAUCAUUGGUUAUGGUGGUGUAUCUCAAUGUGCAUUACCACUUAUUAUUGAUUUUCAUUUACUAAAGAAAAAAAUAACUUCUAUAACUAUUAUAGAUGUACUUGAUCUACAAUUUAAACUUCAACCAUACCUUGAUCAAUAUAAUCAGAUCAAAUUUCAUCAACAACUUGUAGAUAAAGAUAAUUAUGAAGUAAUAUUGGACAAAUAUCUCUCUUCAAAUGACAUUCUUUUGGAUCUUGCAUUUAAUCUUGAGACACGAUGUUUAUUAAAAUGGUGUAAUGAUUAUAAUGUUUGUUUUGUUAAUACGUCACUUGAAUUAUGGGAUUCACUUGGUUAUGCACAUCUAAAUGAUCCACGUUUAUUAACAUUAUAUCAACGACAUAUGGAAAUAAUCGAUAUGCUCAAUGAUAAAACAUGGAAAAAAAAUGGUUCAACAGCUAUUAUUGAUCAUGGUUGCAAUCCAGGACUCAUUUCACAUUUCGUUAAACGAGCACUUAUUGAUAUGACUAAAUUUAUUCUUAAUGAAUGUGCAACAUCUAUUUUAGAAGACAAUCGUAUUAAAUUUGAACAAGCAUUAAAAGAAAAAAAUUAUCCUCAAUUAGCUCAUUUAAUAGGUAUUAAAACAAUUCAUGUAUCUGAACGAGAUACACAAAUAACUAAUGUACCAAAAAAAGUCAAUGAAUUUGUAAAUACUUGGUCAGUCGAAGGUUUUAUUGAAGAAGCGUUUGCAUCAGCUGAAAUGGCAUGGGGAACGCAUGAAAGAGAUAUACCUAAUGAAUUGUUAUUUUAUGAUGAAAACAAAGGAUCUUGUAAUCUAGUUCGUUCAUGGGUACCAAGUGGAGAAAUAAUUGGAAUGGUUAUAAAACAUGGUGAAUCAUAUGGGAUAUCAAAAUUAUUAACUAUUCAUAACGACAAUGGAAAUAAUAAUUCGGUUGUUUAUCGUCCAACAGUUCAUUAUGCAUAUUUACCAUCAGAUUCAGCAAUAAAUUCUUUAAUGGAAUAUCGAAUGCAUAAUUAUCAACUUCAACCUAAUAUUCGUCUAUUAAAUGACGACAUUAUUGAUGGUGUUGAUGAAGUUGGUGUUCUUCUUCUUGGUAGUCCAUAUAUACGUGCUUGGUGGACUGGUAGUAUACUUGAUAUUCAUGAAACAAGACGAUUAGUAUCAGGACAAAAUGCAACAACAUUACAAGUAGCUAUUGGUGCUGUUGCAGCAGUUAACUAUUGUAUGAAUCAUCCAAAUGAAGGAUUUUGUCUACCAGAUGAUAUUGAUGGUGAUGAAAUACUUGCUAUGUCUAUGCCAUAUUUAGGAAAUUGGGUUUCAAAACCAGUUGAUUGGCCACCAGUAGAUGAUAAAAUUACAAAAAGCUGGCAAUUUACAUCGUUUCUAGUUGUUGACUAA